UAAUAUCCCGCAUCUCUCCAGUAGCGACCGACGCUUCUUUGUCGUUUAGCGCUACAGAUUUUUCUCUUUCGGGUGGAGGAUUUACCCUUAAAAUCCACCGCAAGCAUGAAACUCGUCAGGUUUUUGAUGAAAUUGAGUCAUGAAACAGUGACUAUUGAACUGAAGAAUGGCACACAGGUCCAUGGCACGAUAACUGGUGUGGAUGUCAGUAUGAACACUCACCUCAAAGCUGUGAAGAUGACACUUAAAAACAGAGAGCCGACUCAACUUGAGUCCCUUAGUAUCCGUGGAAACAACAUCCGCUAUUUCAUCCUGCCCGACAGUCUUCCUUUGGACACACUGCUGGUUGACAUUGAACCCAAGGUUAAGUCAAAGAAGAGAGAGGCUGUGGCUGCUCGUGGCCGAGGAAGAGGGCGGGGUCGUGGCAGAGGAAGAGGGCGUGGCCGGGGAGGGCCCAGGAGAUAAAUCUCUGAAGCCACUAUACAUUUUUUCACUUUGUACAGCAUUUUUGUUUUUUGUUCGUUCUUGCUUUAGAAAGUACUUUGCGAUUUAAGUUUAUAAUUUUUUCCCCCCCAUUUUGUACAUUUAAAAAAUGCCUUCAUUUUGAAAACAGUUUUGAGACUUUUGUUUGUAAGUGCUGAACUGUAUGUGGCAAAUUAUGCAGAUCUGUGUGUCUGGUUAUUUUUCUAGAUUGUUUCAAUAAAGUGAUCCUUCAAAAUCUCCACUUGUUGAAGGAAUAUUCCCUCUUAUUUAAAGUGGGUCGUGUGUUGGACAUAAGAAGUCAUGUUCCCUAAUGCCCAGCAAACACUGAACGUUCCCCUAACGUUAGCGUAUGGUUCUCGUUUGGGUUUUUUUGAGGACCAAUUCCUAACAUUAUGGGAACCUUUCUUUGUUUUAUUUUUAUAAAUUUAAACGCCACUGCAACGCUAUGAUAACUUGUGUAUUUUAAGGUUUUAUUUUUCGUUUACAUUUUUCAUAAUUUUAUUAUUUUUCAUUAAUGUUGCAGAGAGGUUGAUGGACAACAAUGACUGACAUUAGUGAAGUACAUGUUUAAUUAAAUGUAGAAGUAAAUAUCAGUGUUUGGGACUUGACAGACUUGUCUGCC